AUGGGUUCUACUUCAGCAGCCAAUAAACUCACCUCCCGUCAUCCCCUUCAACGUCUUCCCUCUCCCUCUCCAACAAUCUCCGCCCUCGUUCAUCUCAUCGGCCUUGCUUCCUUCUCUCUUUCUUAUAAAUAUCUUUUUGACUUCCCAACAUUCAUCAACUCCUCAUAUGGCUGGCACUUCCAAUACCUCACCAUCAUUGGUCUUACUCUAGCUUUUUUGACAUUUGUCUUUGGCCUCCUCGCAGACAUCACUCUUUCCUCAAGACUUUUCUUGAUCAAGAAUUCUCUUUCAUUAUGUUCUGCCCCUCUGGAAGUUUUGAUCUCCGUGUUGUAUUGGGGAAUCUCGGCUAUUGAUAAGAAGCUUUUGGUGCCUCCCGAGAUCCAUAUUAGUCCAUAUGCUGAUAUCGGGUUCCACGCUAUGCCAGCGAUCUUGUUGACUAUUGAUUUACUAUUCUUGAGUCCGCCCUGGACCAUCAAUGCAUUGCCUGCUAUGGGACUUUCAUCGACUCUGGCCGUUGCAUAUUGGGCUUGGGUGGAACAAUGCUAUAAGUAUAAUGGAUUUUACCCAUACCCAUUAUUUGGACAUCUUGAUACCACACAGAGAGCAAUUUUGUUCACCGGAGCUGCCUUGACGAUGACUGGUAGUACAGCAGUGCUUAAAUGGCUAUAUGGAAGAGUCAAUGGUUUGCAGGGUGCUCAAUAUAGAAGCAGUCCCAACAACAUUAAGGGGAAAUAA